AUGUCCUUCCACGCCUCCGCUCAGGAUGUCCGCGUCGAGGACAACCACAUCCUAAAAGCCACCCUCACCAAUGCCGCUGGCGAGCCCGUCGAGGCCGAACUCGAUCUCGACAACUGCAUUGGUAACCAAGACGGCAGAUUUGAAUGGGGAGGUCAAGGCUUCUCCGACUCGGGCCAGAAUUUCAGCUUCGGCAUCGAGGGCGGCGAGGGCGGCGAGGACGGCCUCCCCAUUCUCCGCGGCGAGCUGAGCAAUGUCGAGGGUGAGCCCGUCGCCUGCGAUAUCAAUCUCUCGGAGCGUAUUGAGAAUCGGGAUGGAGAGCUUGUUUUCGUCUAG